AUGACAUCCAACCAGUUCGAUCUCCUCGGCGACGUCGACAACGACGACCCCUCGCAGCUCCUCGCCGCCGCCGCCGCCAAGAAGGCCGCCGAGCCCAAGCCCGCGGCGCCGGCCCCGGCCGCCGGAAAGCCCGGCUCCAAGCCGCCCGCCAAGACCCAGCCGCCCGCGGAGGACAGGGGCAGCCGGGGGGACGGCGCCGGGCGCGGGAGGGGAGGCCGCGGGGGCGGGUUCAGCAGGACCGGCCCGCGGCGGGACUACGGCGACGCGGACGCCAACGGCGGCUUCGAGGGCGGGUACGGCGGCGGUGGUGGCGGCGGCUAUGCGGCGCCUCGCCUGGAGGACGGCGAUGGGAAGCACGCGGAGAGGGGCCGCGGGCCGCGCCAGCCAUACCGCGGAGGGGGCGGCCGCCGCGGGGGCUACUCCGACGGGCAGAACACGGACGAGUUCGGGCGCCCGCACCGCUCCUACGAGCGCCGCAGCGGCACCGGCCGGGGCUUCGGGAUGAAGCGCGACGGCGCUGGCCGCGGCAACUGGGGGACUGCCACCGAUGAAGGGUUCCCACAGGAAAAUGUGGAGGCUGUCAACACUGAGGAGACCCCUGCUGUGACAGAGGAUGAGAAGAAGCCCGAGGAUGCGCCGCAGCCCGAGGCUGAGAAGGUCAAGGAGGGUGCAGAGAAUGCAGAGGAAGAGAAGGAAGCUGAGGAAGAUAAGGAGAUGACCUUGGAGGAGUACGAGAAAGUAUUGGAGGAGAAGCGGAAAGCGAUACUCGCACUAAAGGCUGAGGAGAGAAAGGUUGAAGUUGACAAGGAGCUGCAGUCCAUGCAGCAACUGUCAGUGAAGAAGGAUGCUGAGGAAGUAUUUAUCAAGCUGGGCUCUGACAAGGAGAAGAAGAAAGAAAACACAGAAAGAGAGGAGCGUGCCAAGAAGUCCCUCAGCAUCAACGAAUUCCUGAAGCCGGCUGAAGGCGAGAGGUACAGUGGCGGUCGGGGCCGCGGCCGUGGUUUCAGGGGACGCGGCGAGGCCCAUGGAGGGUACAACGGCGGCGGUGGCCGGCGACCAGCUGCUGCUCCGGCGAUCGAAGACCAGUCCCAGUUUCCGACGCUAGGUGGGAAGUGA